UCUACGACACACUACUACUGGGAAUCUGGGCUCAGUUUCGUACUUGUCAUUUGCACCAAACAAGUGACAGAUAAUGUCUCUCCGUGUAUUAGAAAUAAUCUUUUUCUUCUAUUUUGCCUCUCACAUUCCUAUCACUGUAUUUAUUGACUUACAAGCCCUGCUUCCUGGAUAUGUGUAUCCUCAGCCGCUGAGAGACCUCCUGAGGUGGUAUGCAGAGGAGUUCAAAGACCCGAUGGUGCUGUAUCCGCCGGAAUGGUUCAGCUCUUUCAUUUUCUGCGAGGCUGUGUUUCAGACGCCUUUCUUUCCCGUUGCAGCUUAUGCUUUUCUGAAAGGUGGUUGUAAGUGGAUCAGGACUCCUGCCAUUGUGUAUUCCACACAUGUGGCCACCACACUGAUCCCAAUUGUAGCUCACAUCCUCCUCCAUAAGUUCCCUAUGAAACCCCAUCCUGGUCCCCAGACUCUGCAGGAGCGCUGGCUGCUAGUCUCCAUAUACUUGCCAUACCUGCUGGUGCCUGUGUUGCUGCUCCUCACCAUGGUGCUGUCCUCAACAUACAACUCCACCACCAAGUCUGGACACAAGCAGGCCAAAUCUAAGAAGAACUGACUUUUAUUUUUCCACAUUUUUAGGUGUACCAUUAGUAUGUGAUCUAUCUGAGAGGUUAUGAGUCAAUAAUUAUUAUUUUAAUAGCUUAGUAUUGUAUGCACCAGAAAGAAGUAUGUUUAUACAUGGUACUUUAGGCUGCCCUGUACAUUAAUGUAGGCCCAGUAAUAUGCUACUCAGUUUUAUAUGAUAUAUGUAGUAGUGGUUCCCUGCUCCAUCUCCCUUUCAGUUAAAGGGCCUUUGGCCUGAUUUAACCCCUGAUUUAAAGCAUAUGUCUACACUUUACAGUAGUUUAUAUGAAUUUGAAUAUAAAAAAAAUAUUUAAGUAUCGUGUACUUUAACACGAACAGUUAAAAACCAUUAAUGUAAAUUACAAUAGCAACACUGCAGAGAUACAGUAUAUUACUGGCAGGUAAGAUACAGUAUUACACUGUAAAUGUCACAUUCUGCUGUAAAAUACUGUACUAAAUUUAAUGGUAAUAAACUGUUGAAGUAAAUUACAGUAGGAUGCUGGCAUCUACAGCUGCCAGUAGUUUUCUGUAAUUUUACGAGAAAAUUUGUUACAAUAUCUUUAACCCGUAGUACACCACAACACCCCCACUGUAGACAUUUUGAUUAAAUAUGGUUCAGAUGUUCAUGGGAUGAAUACAUUUGCAAAUCAAUGUAUAGCCUACUCUCAAUCUUUUCAAAGCUAUAGAGAAUGAUCUGUCAGCCAACAACUUUCUGAAAUAAAGUAAAAAAAAAAAAAAAAACAGAAUAGUGGAUCAUCUGUUCAUUUAUAAAGUGGGCUAGAAUUGUUCAAAGCAUUUUGUAUAGUAUAUGAAUUACGUAAAAUCUUUAUUUUCAACAAUAGUAGGACAUAAGAAUACAGACCCAGAAUCCCCAAAAUAGAGAAAAAAAAUAAUAAUAGCAAUGAAGUAUUCCAUCACUUUAUUAGAGGACUAUGAGUAUUAGUACUUUAUACUGCCUUUAAUGACUGUGUUAUUGUUUGUGAAUGCUGGCUGGGUAACACAGGCCUACCACAAGUGACUGCUCAGUACACUCUGCAACGGGACACUUUACUCCACCACCAUGGAGCUCAGCCCUUUUCUGUACUCUCUGUUCAUCCAUGGCUUAUCACAGCAACAACACUAUAAAGUGUACUCAUGUCAAUAUUGUGAUAUAGAUGAGUCACACUCCUGCUCCCAAUAGAGAGGAGGAGGAGGAACACCUUGUGGUUUGAUGUCCUGACGUCAACCUGUAGUUAAAUGUCAACAAAAUAAAGAAACGUAGUGCUGACCUCAGAAAACAACACACCCAUCAUGGGUGUUACUGGUGCAGCUGGUGAGAGUCACCAGCUUUAAGUUCCUGAACAAACACACAAACACACACAGAGAUUACUGUG